AUGCCGCCUCGCACCACGCGGCGCUCCACGGCGGCGGCUUCGGCGGCUGCUUCUUCUACAACGGCUUCCUCAGCGGCGGCGCCUGCUUCCUCAGCGGCUGCUGCCCCGGCGGCGGCUGCCGCGGCCUCAGCGGCUGCCAGCGCGCCGAUGGGACCGCUUUCCCCGCCUCCGCCUGGGCUGCCUCCCCGGCCCGACCGCCAGACGGCCGCGUUUGUGGACGCGACCACGGCGGCCUACGCUCUGCCGUGCUACACGGCGCUGGUGCCGGGAGCAGGGGCAACGCUGGACCUUGGGCGGGUGUUCGACCGCCUCGGUUGCGAUCAGGGCAGUGUGGAGGAGUUGGUCCUCCGUUUGGGUGAGGUGGCUACUCGGCUGCCGCCCCUUCCGGCGGCGGAGGUCUACACGGCGGUUUUGGCACGCGCCAGGAUGGUGGCCACUUCGCGGGCGGGCGACAAGUCAGUUUCCUAUCGCCAGGCCGAGGCGAAAAAGCUCCUGACCGAGUACAUUGUGGAACUCGCGCUCCGCCAUGGCCGCCUCCUGCAGUCAGAAGGCUGUGUGCUGUUUGGAAGCAGUAGAGGGCAUCGUUUUGCCUGCCCAACACGGACUUUCAGCGGCGCGGUCCGCGGCGGCAGCGCCAUUGGCGGCUGCUGCCGCCCCAGCCGCCGCUCCGGCGACAUACAUCUCCGAUGCGGAGCUGGCUCAACGGAUGCAAACUCAGAUUGA